AGAGCCGUGUGUGGGGGGGUCUUUAGGAUGAUUUAAUUCUCGCCCCCUGUGUCUAUUGAACCAUUGUGUCCGCUCGUGGCAUGUCACUGUCACGGCAUGGUGAGCGCGCGUGUGUUCAGCGCGCGCUCAUGUGUGUGGUCCGUUAUUUUCCGGGUUGGUCUCGUGUCGAGCGGUAGUUGCGCUGCAGCAGCCGCCAGCUGACACUUGUAGUCAGGAGGUGAGGUCAAAUUCGCCUGCCUCUCAGUGUCUGUCCGUCUGAGAGGCUGCUAACUAGCGCAUCAUCAUCAUCAUCAUCAUCAUCAUCAUGGCGGAUCAAGGCGAAUCUCCGGCUCCGGUCCAACAACAGCCGCAACCGGCGCCGACCCCCAGCUGGCCCAUUACCAGGGAGUCCUACGAGCUGCAAGAAGUCAUAGGCAGCGGGGCCACAGCUGUGGUGCAGGCGGCCCUCUGUACCCCCAGACAGGAACGCGUGGCCAUAAAGAGAAUCAACCUGGAAAAAUGCCAGACCAGCAUGGAUGAGCUAUUGAAAGAAAUUCUAGCAAUGAGCCAAUGCAACCACCCGAAUGUUGUCACCUACUACACCUCCUUUGUUGUGAAGGAUGAACUUUGGUUAGUUAUGAAACUUCUGAGUGGUGGAUCCAUGUUGGAUAUAAUCAAGCACACAAGCAAAGAAGAAGACAAAAACCGAGCUCUAGAUGAGCCCAUUAUUGCCACAAUAUUAAAAGAAGUCCUUGAAGGUCUGGACUACCUGCACAGAAAUGGACAAAUUCACAGGGAUGUUAAAGCUGGAAACAUACUACUAGGAGAAGACGGAUCUGUUCAGAUUGCAGAUUUUGGAGUGAGUGCAUUCUUAGCCACUGGGGGGGAUAUGACGAGGAACAAAGUGAGGAAGACGUUUGUUGGGACACCAUGUUGGAUGGCACCAGAGGUGAUGGAACAGGUACGAGGCUAUGAUUUUAAAGCGGAUAUAUGGAGUUUUGGAAUUACAGCCAUAGAGUUAGCAACAGGUUCUGCACCGUAUCACCGCUACCCUCCCAUGAAGGUCCUAAUGCUCACGCUACAAAAUGAUCCACCCACUCUAGAGACGGGCAUAGAGGACAAGGAAAUGCUCAAAAAAUAUGGCAAAUCAUUUAGAAAGCUAAUAACAAUGUGCCUUCAGAAAGAUCCUGCCAAAAGGCCUACAGCUGCAGAGCUUUUGAAGUGUAAAUUCUUCCAAAAGGCCAAGAACAAAGAAUAUCUAGUUGAAAAGCUUUUGUGUCGUGCACCAAAGAUUUCCCAGCGAGCGAAGAAGGACCGUGAGCAGAACCGGGGGAGCCUUGGUUCUUUGUCAGGUUUGGAAAAUGAACCUGCUGCUGCAAGAAGGGUGAGGAGAGUCCCGGGCUCCAGUGGGCACCUCCACAAGACUGAGGAUGGAGACUGGGAGUGGAGCGAUGAUGAACUGGACGAGGGCAGUGAAGAGGGAAAAGCGGCGGUGAAUCAGGGCAGGUCCCGAAGGGUCAGAGAUGAGGCCAAAGAUAAUGAGGAGAAUGCAAACAAUGUCCCUAUUGAAGGGUUGUCUAUUCAGCAUCCCCAGGUCGAACCAUACGAGGAUACUCCCGACAUACAAGGUGCUGUGAACAUGGUACUACGACUAAGGAACUCUAAAAAGGAGCUGAAUGACAUCCGGUUUGAAUUCACACCUGGAAGAGACACCGCUGAUGGCGUUUCCCAGGAAUUAUUCUCAGCCGGUCUAGUCAAUGGACAUGAUGUUGUUGUAGUUGCUGCUAACCUUCAGAAGAUUGUAGAUGACCCAACUACCUACAAAGUAUUGACCUUUAAGCUGGCUUCCGGCUGCGAUGACACGGAGAUCCCAGACGAGGUGAAGCUGAUCGGCUUUGCACAGUUAAGUGUUAGCUGAUGCCUUCUUCAUGCCUGAAGCAGGUGAGACAGGGGAGACAGUUCAGGGCAGACAGACUGAGGAGCACACCACUUCCUGCAACAUUUCAACCCCACCACCCUCCUCCCUGAAAAUGCACUCCCUCUCUUUUCCUUCUCACUUGCCCUGACGCCAAACUUCGCCUCCACGUCCUUACCGUCUCCCUCCCCGUGCACUGUCCUCAACCCUUUAACCUUAACGACAUUCCACCGCCCAGCACAUGGACCAGGAUCAGGAAAAAGCCCAGGAACCUAAAGAUGUACUCAGGUGGUGAAGGAAGAUGAUUAAGAUGUAGCUUUGAAUGUUUUAUUAUUUCCUCAUGUUUGUUUUACAUCACAUUACCUCUGUGUUCAACAAAGCCCUCAUUAUUUAUUAAAAUGAGAUGGUUUUUUUUUUUUCUCAUGCUCUUUUUGUUGCCACAGUGAAAACAAAUUUGCUUUUACUCACAUCUUGUAAACCCACUCAUUUGUGACGUUUCCCUGAGGUCUGAGUCAGAAUGUAUGAUUAAGGUAAUUUAUGAGAAAAGCACAUUUACAUAAUGAAUGUCUAGAAAGAGAAUGAGUCGUAGUUCUGUGUCCAGACCAGUUUUACACUGAGAAGAAGGGAACCAUUUGCUUGUGAGUGUGCAGAAAAAAAAAAAAAAAAAAAAAAAAAAAACGAGACCUGGAUGCUACUGUGUAUAAUUUGCUGCUGUCGACAGUGUUAAUGCGUCAAAAUGCUAGAG